AUGGUGGGUCCAAGCGAAGAAGACCAGUCGGGCGGAACGGCUCUUGUGCUUACCUUAGAGCAAGGAUCAGCUGGCCUUAUUAAACUGCUACAAAAACUUCAGGUGAGAUGUUCCAUUUUGUAACAAUUACACCAGUACGUAGACUAGGUUUUGUCAUCUUGUUAAUAGGGUUAGAAGCGAAAGUGACUCGCUGGAGAGACACUGCUGGAGUUGCGGAUCUUUACAACACUUUUAGCCCACUGGCCUGGCGUAAAAUCUGGGUCAUAGAUGUCGGUGGGUUUAUGCAUGCCGGUGAAUUUUCCAAUUGCAGUGUUGUCAGUUUGUAUCUCUGCUGGUCGAAGACGGUGAUGGGUGAGCCCGAAAGCAGUGACUGUCUCAGCACCCGUUAUUUUUGUACGUUCGAAUUACCACAAAAAAUGAUCAGAAAACUACUUUCUCUGUUAAUGGCGCUGUUACUUCCUUAGCAUUCUGCUCUUCGCUCGACAUGCAAUUGUUUGCAAGAGCAUCUACAGAUCUGAGAAGGCAUCACAGGAACAAAUGAGAGGCACAAGUUAGUAUUUGCGGAGAAACAACAUUUAACAGUCUGGUCGGAUCGCAGAACGAAGUAUGGAUCGUCUACUUUGCCUUAAAGUCACUGAAGGAUGAAUUUGGAUAUUACUAACUACAGUCAGCAAAUUUUGGCUUCUAACUCAAGAGGCAGGAUAAAAACCGCAAUAAAGAGAUUCAUGCUGGCUCAACUCUCAAGUCUUUUCCGUCGCCGGUGGAGCUAUAGCAGACUGACGGCAGAAAGUUAACAUAAAAAUAUCCUGCAAAUUUCCUUUGUUUCUGCAAAAAGACUUUGGCGUAACAGAAUUCACCAAACAAAACAAUUCUUGUUUUGUGCAAAAAAGGCAGAUUCAGACAUUUAGUCCACAACGAUGCCCAACUGCACUUUAAUGUCAACCUCCUAUUUUGCGAAAACGCGGACCAGUGGAUUAGAGUUGCAUUAUAUAUGUAUCUACCGUACACCUCAAUACUCCCCCCUCUCCGCCUAGUGUUCUAAUGACGAUCGGGGUUGUCUAACAGCACCUAUGAUAAGCUAAAAGCAGUUGUUUUAGGCGGGCGUCCGUCAAUCGGCAUGAUCAGACGUUAUGGAUGUCUUAUACGGCCUCUUCCGACAGGACACGGGAAUAGGAGCGUCACGUAAUACGGGUGACUUUGCGCUAAGUUUUAGCGAAUGUAUUGUAAGUGGUAAGCUUUAUUUUAGGGCUACGUCUAAGGUUACGUUUAAGACUUAGGCUAGGGCUAAGGCAAGAGUUGGAAUUGAGGUGGAUUCAGGUCAUGGGAAUAGGUACCUUUUCUGGAAUUUAGCCUAAGGCCACCUGUAUUACGGGAAGGGCGCUCUCCUACUCCCCCAUCCUGUCGGAGGGUCAUAUAAGAAAUCUCUCCCUCCCCCCACCCGAUCAGGCUGUAUGACUGGACCGGUAUAUGCAGUUCUGGGUUGUUUAUUUUGACGUAAGAAUGAAGUAAUACAAGUGUAAACGUGGGUUUAAUUUGUAAAUUUCAUCUUUCGAAUGCUUCCCGUGAUUCUUUCUGUCGAGACAACUUCGUACCUGUUUAAACGUAGUGGAUAUUGAACAAAAACACCAAAUUAAACAGGUCACUGCCGCUCGCAGAGCGCCUGAGAAAAUCAAAUUCAACGAAGUAACUCAGUUGAAUAUAAUACAUGUAGGUCCGAUAAACCAUGCUCCUGCAUCAUUUGAUAUCUCCUCUAACCGAGACUUUAGUUGCGUUAUCAAGUUUUAAAAUCCUUUGCUUGGCUUACUGCAGGAUUUGAAUAUCGAUGUGAGUCAUUUAGAAACUCGACUGAGUAAGGAGCGGGCAGCCGCCGGAUCUGCAGGCAAACUGUCUCUGGACGUUUUGGUACACACGGAAUCAAAACUUGAGUCAGCCGAAUCUCUCCUGCACGAGUUGGAGAAUUCCUGCAGAUGCAAGCUCAUUCCAGUUCGUAGUCUCAAAGGUGAAUUAUUUUUUAACUCGUCCAACUAGACGACAAUACUAACUAAGCUGGCUUUAAAUCCCUACGAUCAUCAACCAAUUGGGCGUUCUUUUUCUUCUGAAAAAUCUUCUAAAUGCAGGUACAGAAGUCUUGAUUAGUUCACAGUUUUCAUUUUUCCCCGUGAAAUCGCCCAUGCCUUCUGUACGUUGAUUUAUUAAGACAAAGUCAAGGGAUCAAAUAGCUUAGUAAAAAAAACUCAAGUAAAUUUCGGGUGAUAAUGACGCUUCCUAGAAACUAAAACAGUCCAGGCCCAAUACGCCUCUUAGGUGGUAGGACUUCCUCACCAUACUGGCAUUAUCACAAGCCUGCAUAAUUGGUUUUUAUUCACCCAUAAUUCAGUUGGUUCGAUUUUCUAUCUCAAAUAGUGUUUUCUCACUGUUUUUAUGUUACGCGGAUAAUAAAUGAACUAACAAUAUCCCUUACACCCCCCAGAGGUUGAAGUGGUUCCGUGGUUCCCGCAAAGAAUUGACGAACUGGACAUUAUUUCAAACCAUGUGCUGAUGUAUGGCGCAGAACUCGACGCGGAUCACCCAGUAAGCCUCAUUGGUUAAGUUGUUUUAUUCGGCUAGUAAUAAGGCGACUCGAUCGUUGGAACAAGAAUUGUAUUCAUCUGAUGUUUCGAAUUCACACUCGAACCCAACGUCAAAGACAAAAUAUAAAGGUGUCGGAAACACAAGGGGUGUAGCUGCCGUAUUACCUGAUACAUAUGAAAAUUAGCAGCUUCCGGUCAUUUCAGACGCUCGCACGCUGUAUGAUAACGGAGUGGCUGCCCACAUGCGAGCUUAUAAUGAUUACGAUUUCAUCAUUGGUUUUUAUUAUCGGCGUGUAAAUUGUUAGGUCAUCUGGUUCACCAGUACUGGCACUGCAGACAGGAAGGAAUAUAAACAAAAAUAAGGGGGAAUGAUAGAGCUAUUUCCGGCUUAUUGGCCGUCGUCAGUCAGCCUUACUCAACCUCUCUCACUGAAGUAUGGGCUCGUUGUCCUGUCGAUUGCGAUCAGAAAUGUCAACUACGGUGAAAAGGCGUUUACCGAUCAGGUUACGGGACAUACUCGUCCCACUGAGCCGUGGAGUUCAGUCUAGAAUCCUUUCAGGCAAUCACAUAGCAACCAGGAAUAUGUACGGAAAUAAACCUCGGGUCCUGCAAGCUUGAGAUUGGGUAAGGCUGACUUGCGACAAAUAAUAAGCCAUAAAUGGCUCUUCUAGUCUCCCUUGCGCUUGUCAGUAUUCUUUUUCGCAUAUAUCUCCGGUCACUACGACUGUCUGUGAGGUCUCCAGAUGGAGUCCCAAGAUAAAAUGGAAGGCGCACUCCCCCUAACCCGAACGAUGGACGACCCUUCACCAUUGCGAAGGGAUUUACUCGCACGCUCAGCGGGUGUUUUAUUACCCUCCGCAGACAAACUGAGAGCUGGAGGGGAGGGUGAGAUCAGUAUAUUUUGUCGAUGAGCGGCGCACUGGAGGGCCGCAAAUGAAGCAACGUAUCCAUAUUAGCAGAAAAAGUAGCAGUUGUUACGUUGUUGAUUACUGCAAACAAAACUGAACACAACAUAGAAGGAAGUCAGCACUUCCACGUGUUUUUAAUCGAUUUCCUGCGGUCUUGUGGAGCAAGUGUUGGAAAGUUCGAGCCACCUGUGGCCUGUUGCGCAGCAAAAUGAGUCCUGCUGUCGCAACACAGGAAAACUGUCUGCCAACGAUAGGGUGUAGGACCCCCGAACAAUUUAAAUAAGUCUGUGUCAUAAGUUGAAUGGUGGAAGAGGGGUUUUACGAGUGGGGCUACACACAGGAGGGUGAAGAAGAAGAAGAAGAAGAAGAAGAAGAAGAAGAAAAUAGAUAAAUUUCUGCCGAAAGUCUUGUUGUACGCUGUCACUUGGCAAAGACAGUGAGCGCGAUAAUUAAAAAAAUAAACAAAAAGCAAUUUUAAAAAACAACGGGCUUCAAAUAAAGCGCUGCUAGUAAGUUGACAUUUAGUCAGGAAGGGAAGGAAAUUUCAAGCAAUGGGAACGGCGGAUAACAAGUGGUGUUUACAGUCAUACUGAAUUUUAGGGAAUAUUGGUGCAGUUGCCAUCCACGUGUGGGUCCUACACCCUAUCGUUACCCAUUUUCUUGUAAAAAGACUAGUCCUCUUAGGAACUGAACUAUGAGCUUCGAGGUCGGGGAAGACAAAUUUGACACAGAUAAACUACUGAAGUUAAAGGCGUUUAGCAAAAAGCCCUCAAAAACGUUUUCUUAAUCUCAGCAUUCCUAUUUGAAUCAUCUUGUUUUCAUUUCUUUCAGUUAUUUUCAACAAAACUUUAAAGGAAGAAAGCUGACCUAUUAACUAAGUCUACACACCUUUUUUGCUAUUUAGCCUACUGUUUUUAGUCAGAAGUUUAAAUUAGUCUUAAACAGACUCUUAAAUAAAGUCCCAUUGGGCGCUCUCAGUUGAAACGGACUCUGGAUAGUCGAAAGUGUACUCAAGGUCCAUAUAUCCUUUUCCUUCUUAAAUGCCCUGGUGGUAAAAUUUUCACACUUUUCGGGCAUAUUCAGGUUGGAAUCCGAACCUUAGCCGCUGUCGACAGACUUUUCUUUAUAAUAAACGGGCCAAAUUAAAACUGUCGCACGCCUAGUCCUUCGCGGUAGGAUCUGUGAGAAAAGGUUUCUGACCGGUUAAAUAAGAAUUCAGCGGAAUGCAACAAACAGUUUACGUGCUGGGUGGAGUGUUAUGAGAAUGUAACUAUUUUCGAAAAAAAUUUCUUGGCCCAUUAUUCAGGGCGAAAGUGGACUCAGAUGCGAGUGUUGUUGCAUCUGGUGUGCAGGAAACGGUAAGUGGGUGAGUGAACUGCCCGUGAAAUGUUUGAGUCAGGCACGCGAGCGGAGUAACGGCAGACGGCGAAACGAUGCAAGAGUUACUGGGGCUUAGUCCACACAUAUUCUGGUUUUGCAGAAGCCACAUCAGGGGCCUUAACAUUGGUUUCCACGCUGAAAAUCUAGGUGCCAGAGGGUUAGGGAAACCGAUUCGGCCGUAUAUCUUCACGUCAAAUUCAGUGAACUUUCGUAGCGUAGGCUUAUAAGUUCGUGAGAUAUGGGCAACUGCGGUGGUAUGAUCGGCUUGCCGAGCUAAAAUAACUGCGUACAUUUGAACGAUAAAUGUCCAUCCGGAGUAAUUGAGUCUCGGAAAUAUUCCGAUGUUCGGAUGGGUGUUGAGAGGCUGGUCAGCAAUUUACUGUUCCUUGGCGCAGUGUCGACGGAGUUUUUGUUGCUGCCCGUGGUGGUAGUUGUGAUGGUGUUGUGGAGGGUGCAAAAGUAUUUCGCAAGACCAAUUCGACCCUUUAAGGGGCAUUGACAGUGAGAAAACAUGGCAGCAAGUUGUUUACUGACGACCUUAAUCUUCGAUCUUAAGGUGACUUGUUCUUGUCUGUCCUCGUUUGGCUUCUGUAUACGGUUUGCUUCGGAGAUUACUGAAUUACUGUAUGCAACGGUUCAUCAUGCCUGUCAAGCUUGUGUAAUGGUCGUCCAGGACUCUUGGCCAAUUCUGUAUCACUCUAGCUCGCCUUGUCGUGGGUUUGUUUGUCCUCUUUUCAGCCUCUUUAUUGAAAUCAUCGUGAAACAGAUGUUUUGGUAGACAUCGGUCUCGCACAAGUGUAACGUAGUCACUUAAUCGAACCUUCAAUAUAGAAGAAAUGCCGAAUAUUUCUAGCGAAUAGGUGGCCGUUGUGUCCAAGGUCCCUCUCAGCCAGUUUAGUUUUAAUACCCCCCCGACAAGCAUCUUAGAUGAGAAUGGUUCAAGUCCGAAUUUGGCUUUCAUAGUUUGCUCAGGUUUCCGCAAUGCAGAGAAGCAUUACCAGGACAUCGGUGAUGCCUAUUCCUGUCUUGAUGUUAAAAGGCAGGCAGCGAUGACUUGAUAGAAAGAAUUUAAACCUGACGGAGGCUGGAAUGAAUUUCGAGACAUUAUAUCUUUGGAUAUUUGCUCCUCAGGGAGGAGAGGUGAGUCACAACUACGAGAUGAUCUUUUCCAACAUUCAAUACAGAUUUCGUGUAUUUCGCGGAUGCUGCCGGCUGAGGCCUGACAACCGUGUUCUCUUUGUUUGAAUUUACUCAACAGCCCGAUACGAAAAGGCCUGGACUCCGGCGCAGGUCUCCUUUAGUUGGGAUGUCCAGUGCUCAGUCGUCGACUAAGAGAUGAUCGUUUAUCCUGCUCCUCGCGAUUUCCAUGAGAGAUUGUAUGCGGUGGGUUUGGGACAAUUUUCAUCCAGCUCCGUGUCCGUUCCCAGACCUUCCUCGCGGUUGGCAUAAGGCAGUAAUGCGGAAAACAUGAGAUUGAAUUUUGGAUGAGUAAGCAGCAUUUUUUCAUCCCAUUUGUCACUACGGAGAUUUCCAACGAUCACCCGUCGUCGCCCAAUCAUGUCAUAAUGCAGCGGAUUGGGCGCCAGGACAAGCCUUUUGGAUAACAAGAAUUUCAUCAUCUUCUUCAAGGGGCUGUUUUGGUUUGCGAUAUCGAACUCCUCGGCUAGAGAGACAAUCACUUUGAAAACUUUAAUCCUCAUUGCCGAACGUUUUCUUGUAAUUGUCACACAUCUAAGACCGUAUCCGCGUCUCGCAAUGUUCCCAGAAUUCAUAGUGUGUAUUUGGAAUUAUACCUAAUUUAAGCUUGGACGAGUUUAUACAACAAAACGAAUACUUCGUCAACAAUACUGAGGAAGGGGAUAACACGGUGAUUUUCAUAAAUUUAUUAACCUCAUUUUCUGGCUUUCAGAGGUGCACGUCAGUGACGCUCACUAAGUCUUGCGGGGUUUGUCCUAGAAUAUCAAAGUCGGGUUGUGAACAACUUUACGACCUCCGUCCUUUCAGACCUCAACCAAAGUUGAGCCGACACCCGGACACUUCGCACUAGGCUUCUGUUGCACUGCUGUACUCGUCUCCGGCAAGAAGGGAUAGACAAUCAGAGUUGGCGUUGCUCUCCACUUGGAGGAGUCUAUUUACAACCGCUUCACGGACUGUGGAUUUAUGGUCGGGGAAAGUCUAGCGCUAUUGAAUUUGUUAGUUCGCUGGCAGCAAAUCUGUCCCAUUGAGAGGGAGCAGCAGCGUGGUUGCGGCGGGCUUGGAUUGUAUACUGCUUUGGCCGCCGCAAUACAGCCCUCCACUUCGACACACUCUAUCCACAACUUUCCUCCGCCACGUAAUCCAAUCAAUCCCCAAUCAGUUCUGCGUGACCGAUCUCAUGAAAUGUUAGCCAAAAUUCUGAAAUGCCUUUCCGAUUAGGAAGGAUCACUUAAGUGGAGUUGUUAUACUGAUUAUCAUGUUACAUAACCCUAUAACAUUUCGGGCUCGCUAGGAUGUCGGCUUUUGAAUGCACUUCAUUUUGACCUCCUGCAUAAACCACAACUACUUGACCUCGUCGCUGUGCGUUCCCCGGUCCCAACUAUAAAAACCCCCUAUUACCACGGGUCCCGUAUUAGAGGUAACUGGGGCUUAUUUACUACACGUAGGGCUACAUAACCACAUGCGACCAGAUGCUUUGAUGAAGAAAAACGAUAGUUCGUUUUUGUUAAAGAAUACUUUCUUAACUAACCACCAGGUCAAUAUGAACUUCCAUAUCGAACCUGUGUAUUGUUUUGCAGGGGUUCCACGACGAACAGUAUAGGAAGCGCCGGAACGAGUUUGCUGAGAUCGCAUAUAAAUAUAAACAGUAAGUCUCUGUGAUGCUUUGGCGAAAUGUAUCAGCCAUCAGGCCUUUAAAUAGGAUGACAUAUUGUUUGAUUAUUUGCUCGUUUAGAUAACUAGCCUGCCAAAAUCUGAUGAAAGUUUUGUGAGACCUUGCCCUAGGCCUCACAUUUAACCUAUUUCAUUUAGUUCUCUAGAAUAAUUUGAUAUGAACAUUUUCGGGGGAUGAAUAAUAUAUCACGGCUGACUUCUACGGAUUCUUAAUGAAGUGCCUUCGAAUAGCCUUUAGCGCAUAUAUUUAUUUGCCAUAUUUGGUGAUUUUCCUGAUGAAAUAAAGCGUGAUGCUUCAUUACUCCCAAGCAAACCCAGUGACAAAUCCGCACUUUUCAAAUCGAGAAUGAUCGGAGAAUUAGCACAAGAAAGGGCUAUAGAUAUUUCAUAUUGGGUAUUUAGAAUUGUAAGGUCAUUUGUACGGACAGUUCGUUCAACCUUCCUUUCCGACGAAGUCCAUCCUGUGUUCCACGCAAGAUAUGCGCAAGGACGGUGACAUACGCGGUGAUUUGGGGACAGCAGACUUGCGUUGCAUCCACCACACCCUAUCCUCCUCACUCACCUGAGUUCGAUGUCAAGACAGGGUCAAGAAAAUCGAGGGCGGGAUUGUUAGCAGGUAACUGGCACGACACGAACCCGCGCCUAGGCGUGUCACCACACACCUAGUCAGCAUGUGAAAGUGAUCAGUGUUAUAUCCAACAAGAAAAUGGGGAGCGGCUCAGAUCCAAACUGAGUGGGAGUGCCACAAAGGCCCCAUUAAGAAGGAGCCAUCGCAGUCAGACUUUUCGUCUUCAGGAGAUGACCGAACCAUCCCUUCAGUCAGUAGCCUUCCAGGCUGCGUCUUUUAGCGCACGGUGAUAGAUUUAAGCGCGGGGAAUAUGUGCUGAGAGAGCCGACCUCUCUCCCUCUCUCUCUUUCCUCGCCCAGACAUCAGUCCAUUGUUCAAGCCAGUAAGUCAACUGAUGCGGGAGUUGGGCGUGCUGGCUGGCAGAGCCAAAAACGACCCAUCUACGCAUACCAGAAGGCACACUAAGACUUCACCCAAAGGGGCUGGGUGGCCCGGAUCUCGCAUGUGUUAGAAAGCCACGGAGGUCACAUAAAAAGGAGGUCAUUGUAGCCUGACUCACAGUCCACCGGUCGGCCACUCUAAGCACACACUGGGCUGUACGGAGCAUUGAAGGGAAUUUCACCCCUCACAGGAGGAGGCCGUUCUGGGGAGAGAAUUCAUGGUAGGGGAGCUUACCGAUCGUUCUUAUGGAACUCACUCGUCCCGUUGUGCCUUACGGGCUCUCUCUCGAGCCCAACCAACAGCCGCACAGCGAUGCAUGAUAUAGGCGAUAUGUUAUUACUAGCAAAGACAGGGGAGACUGGAAUGGCCAUUUCUGGCUUAUUGGCCGUCGUCAGCUAGUAAUGCCCAACCCUAUGUGUGAAAUACCAUGGGCUCGGACUCACGACCUGUUAGUUAGAAGUCCAACGCCUCUAACCACUGGGCCACGGGCCCGUUGUUGUGUCGAUUUCGAUCAGGAAUAUACAAUGGUAGAGGGCACUCGCCGGUGCCCAUAUCAUGCGUCGCUGUGCGGCUGCUGGUUGGGCUCGAGAGAGAGCCCGUAAGGCACAACGGAACGAGUGAGUUCUGUAAGGACGAUCGGUGAGCGCCCCCUACCACUGUAUAUUCCCGACCGAAACUGACAGGACAACGGGCCCGUGGCAGAGUUGUUUGAAGCGUUGGACUUCUAACUUACAGGUCGUGAGUUCGAGCCCCAGGUGUUCCUCAAUUCGGGGUUGGGCGAUUGGCUGACGACGGCUAAUAAGCCAGAAAUGGCCAUUCCAGUCUCCCCUGUCUUUGUCGACAAUAGCAUACUGCCUAAGACAAUUUAUGUUGAAUUAGAUCUACACUCAGCAGUCCUAGGUAAAAUCUAGACUUAUACUAUAGUCAGAAACCCAUUUAUUCUUUCAAAUCGCUUCCAACAUAUGCACAAGACGUCAAGUUAUUGUUUAACUUGCAUUUUAGUGGAGAUCUUAUUCCCAGGAUCGAAUAUACAGCAACGGAGAAGAAAACUUGGUAGGUUAACAAGGCCAAUUGUUGUUUGUUUUAACACAGCGCAUUGUAUAAUAAACGCGGUAGAUGUAAACGCACUCCACUUAAGAGGCUUACUGGUGAACAUAGGAAGUGUUAACAUCGUUUUUCGAUCAGGCGGCAACCACUGGGAUGAAUGCUGCCGAAGUUGACGGGGAGUGGGCUUGUACAGAGAUGCGAAAGUGAUUUGCCCGAGGGGAGUGAUAAUGGAAGGUGCGCAAUAAAGCAAGGAAGACCGAGAGCAAGGUCAUUUGCGGAGGCAAGACCUGACACUGAACAGGGGCCUUAAGAGUGUUCGGCCUUAAUAACAGCGUAUUCAUGACCACUCAAAUGUGGUCACUGCAAAAGCCAUAAUGACUGGCCUGAAUGAGCGCAUAGUAUGUGAACUGCGGUGCGAUGGCCAGCCAUGCUUUGGGAUUUGUCAAAGCGAGUCAAAAAAAACUAACCGCAGAAUCUAACUUACGAAUGCAAAUAAAUGAAAUGAGGUGGGCUGCAAGUCUAAUUCUGAUUCACAUGUUUUACUUCAGAAUUUCUGCCACACCUUAGAGUUUAGCUCUAAUAGAAAAUAAAUCUGUGUAUAUAAUAUUGGCCCAGAAAUAGAUCUCAUAUCGAAUCAUGCUAAAUCAGCAAGAAGCAAGUAAGCGCCGCACUUCAAACUAAAUUUGAUUUCUAUCAGUUACCUUCAAUAUAUGUUAAAUAGAAACCGAAACGAUAAAUGAACCACAGCGAUGGGAGAGGUACCAGGUGGGAGGCCAUGAUGACCAUUUCUGAUUUAUAAGCCCUAUUCAAUCAGACAUACCCUACCUUAGGUCUGGAAAACCCGGGACUCGAACCUGGGUCUUUUGGUCGUUGAGCGUUAAAUAGGCCAUGGAGUCACGAGCCCGUAGUCAUGCCGGCUGUGAUCGGGAAUACUAACCUUGGUAGAAAGACACUUAUCCGUCUGGUUACAGGACGUGCUCAUCCCGUUGUGUUUUAGGACUCAAUUUAGAGCCUUCGCAGGCAGUCACAUGGCGAGUAAGCAUACAGAGAUGGGAGUACCGGUCUCCCUUGUUUUCGUCGAUACCCCAUCCGGCAUAUAUAACUGUCUGCGACGUCUAUAGAUUGAGACCCAAGACGCUACAAGACUAGCACGUCCUGUAAGUUGAUUGGUGAGCGAUCCUCUACCAUAAAUAAAUCCAAUAAUUUGUUGAUAUUGGGUGAACCCACGUCUAUGCCGUAGUAUAGCUUUAACCGGUCGAUAAUGCAUGCAGUCUUUUCAUACUGUAUCCCAUCCAAGGCGUUCACGAGAACGCGCCUGAUUUGGCAAGGCGUGUGUACUUCCGUAAUUAUGGGUGCUUUUCAUUAAAUGCAAUUUCAAACACGCUGUAUGUGAUUAAGGUCUAAAAAUCCAGUUAAGCUGAGCAGGCACCCAAUAAUGUGUAGACUUUAUAAUUUUAAACAGUGCAACGUCGAUGAGCCGAUCCAUUAUCCUCAUGGAAAAUCUAUCCAGUCAUGAGUAAGAUCAUUGAGAGAACAUCCAGUCAUAAUGCCUCCAUGUACCGCUAACCAUGGGUAUUUGCAUCGGUGAGAACCAGCCUGCCGUCUUCUGGGCCCCACUGAUCUACUCACACAUGGAUGGGAUUUAUGUCUCAUUCCACGGUCGAGGUACUCAUUCCGUCGCGAAACUGUCUGCCACUCUACCGUCCAAGCUAAACUCCUCCGUCAAUCUUUUUCAUUCAAAAUCACGACUCAUCCGUUCAGAUGACUUUGCUCAGCUGAGGAGAACGCUAAGCGCACAAUCGCACUGGCCAUUUCCAACAGGUUUCCCGUUGUGCCCACCCAAGUACGGUUUACCUGCCUCAAACCCGUAUUUUCUAAAAACCUUUGACAUAGUGCGGACAGAUUUUUGAAAUUCAAAAGAGCCUGCACGUCGAUUGUAGCGGGUAAAUUUCAGCAGCCUCAUUUGAUCUGGCAACGUUGUUUAUCGCCGAUAAUCUUCCGUUGUUUCGUAGGGUUGCAGCCAUUGUAUUACGGUGCUUCUGAGUUCAGUCAAGCAUUUGUGUAUCCAUUGUCUGACUUGUUGGUCACAUGUUACUCCUCUGCCGUGGGGAAUGAGAGUAUCAAGCCCCUGGCGUGCCAGGCCCUACAGUAAACCCGAAUGGCCAGCACAAAUGGACGUACCCGCUUGCCCCCAUAUGAUGGGUACAUCUGCAUUUCAAGAGUACACUUAGUGAGACAGACAGACAACUAAUGAGGAAAAUUUUAUAUUUAUCGAUGUAUUACUCAAGAGCGCUUGGAAUGACAGCAGUCGAACGCCUCGGAAGCCUGAUAACUAGCGGUGCGUAGAUAGAAGCCAGUAAAUCUACUGGUUCCCAUCUUCCCAUGAAGGUUGCUCUUCGGCGGUUUUCUCGAAAACCUGAAAGGGCUGCGGUAAACAGCAACUUGCUUUAGUAUCCACAAACUAUCACACCACUCACUUACUCGAACGGAAUCACGAAUGCCAUCAUAGGUUGGAUGUUAUCGGUAGUCAAAUUGGUAACUUGGACUUUGUCGACUGUUCUAUGUCAUGUACCGGGGAGUCAAGGCCCCAAAAGGUGUCCAAAGAACCGAUAAGUUUCUGUCUAUAGUCACAACCAGCAGUGUUCUACCAGAAUUCCUCAUUUCUUAACGCUUGUCAAACUGACUACCUAGUAUGUGAAUACAACCUCUUCGCAACUAAACUCUGAAUGAACGCCAAGUAAUAAAGGUGCUAUUUUGAAUCUAUGGAUUUUCAAGUUGCUAAGGUCAGUUAGGUUACAAUAAAACCGCAGUGCUGGCGGUAAUUAAGACACCCUAGAUGCACAGCAUUAUGAUUGUUUAAUGUCCUUAUCCCUUAAUCAACGCAUCUCAGAGUUGCCGGUUUAAUACCUUGAACAAAAGCCUAAAGCUUUUUUGUAUGACCACCUCUGCCUAGCAUAAUUUUUUCGCCACUGUGUAAACUGCUCAAACAUUUUGACCCUGAUAGCGUCAUAGGGCCCCUUUACCUGACAUAAAGGAAACCUGACUUUCAUUUCUGCUUGUGGUUUUUGGAAAAUUACCGAUAAGAAGUGGUAAACACUGCCUGAAGCUUAUAUUUUAAAAUCCUGGGGCGAUUGUUUAUCUUUUUGUAGGAGCGUUAUCUAUCGUGAAUUGACGAAGCUAUACGAAAGAUAUGCCUGUAGAGAAUUCUUAGAAAAUCUUCCUCUGCUACAGAAGUACGCUGGAUACAGGUAGGUUCCUUUUCUUUCACGUCAACCGACGCAGGGAGGAUGAGUUGCCGCAGCUGGAGGAUGUUUCAAAAUUUCUCAAGUGUAGGUUUCUAUUCCUAUUUCCUUGAGGUGCUACAUUAACUCUAUACACAUAAGACCUAUCUUGUUAGGUUACCAAGUAGUCUAUAUGUACGUGGUGACGGGGCGAGCCAAAGUAACAAUGUCUUGUUGUACCGGUAGGCUGUUUUCUGAAGCGAAAGUCUGCAGCUAAGGGUUUAAAUGCUGCUGCACCAGGGACUCUAUCUCGAAACUGUCAGACAACACGGAGCUUGCACAACCACAUCCUACAAUUCCUUCCGUCGGUUCUUAAGUCCGAUACUGUCUGCAAUCAUGUGGGAUGAGUUGUUUAAAGUGACGCCUAUGUUACCAAAGCUGUGGAUCGUCCGCGUUCUCCUACGUCACAUCUUUCAGAUAUAGUUCAAACUAUUCCAGAAAGAGAAGGCGAAGAAUCAAAUGACGGUGACCAGGGCCAUCAUGGCCAUUUGUUUUUUUUCGAAGUUCAAAAAACAUACGAUAUAGGAUGUUAGCUCCAAAUCAAAUGAUCAAAUCAGUUUUCGUCUACCGAGAGGUUGUUUCUCCAGUGAAAAGUCUGAUUUAUCUGCAAAAGGAAGAUGAUCUUUCAUCCGAAAGUUUUAGGGUAUUGCUGUGGUAUUCGAUCCGUUCCUUUAGAGAUAUGACUAUCCGUCAUACCUGAUACGUUUCCUUAAAUAUAGGGAGGUCCGGUUUCACUGUCCGACCAGUGGCGGGUUACAUCUCUGCUCGAGAUUUUCUCUCUGGUCUGGCGUUCCGUGUGUUCUUCUGCACUCAGUACAUACGCCAUCCCUCGGACCCCUUUUACACACCAGAACCGUAA